AUGCUCAGGUUACAUCUGGUAAGAAAAAUGUCUACUACUAUUGAUUAUCCAAAAGAAUUUGUUAAUUUUUUAAACAAGGCACAUUCCCCAUAUCAUGCAGUUAAUUAUAUUAAGGAACAUUUGAAAAGCAAUGGUUUCAAAGAAUUAACUGAAAAAGAUCAGUGGAACGGCAGAGUUCAAAAGUGUGGGAAAUAUUUUGUUACUAGAAAUAAUUCAUCGAUAAUUGGAUUUGUUAUUGGUGGUCAAUGGAAACCUGGUAACCCAAUUGCUAUCACUGGAGCACAUACCGACUCUCCUUCUUUAAGGAUCAAACCCGUCUCGAAAAGAUCCAACGAGGGGUACAUUCAAAUUGGUGUAGAAUGUUAUGGUGGUGGUUCCUGGCAUACUUGGUUUGAUUCAGAUCUAUCAUUGGCUGGUAGAGUUAUGGUUAAAGACAGUACUAGUCAUCAAAUUGUUUCAAAAUUAGUUGAUAUUAACAAACCAAUAUUGAAAAUUCCAACUUUAGCUAUUCAUCUCGAUAGAAAUGUUAAUAUUAAAUUUGAAUUCAAUAAAGAGACACAAUUGUUACCAAUUGCAGGUAUAUGCACAAAUGGGAAUAAUAGUAACAACAAUAAUGGAAGCACUAAGGAAUCUGGAGAUUCAACAACCGAAUUUACUUCUUUGAUCUCCAUUGUUGAAAGGCAUAACAAGGAAUUAUUAGAUCUGAUUGUUAAAGAAUUGGAGUUAAAAUCUGUGCUAGAUAUUGAAGAUUUUGAAUUGAUCCUUUAUGAUAAUAAAGAUGCAUGCUUAGGGGGUAUCAAUGAUGAGUUUGUCUUUUCUGGCAGAUUAGAUAAUUUGACAUCAUGUUUUACUUCAAUGCACGGGAUCACUUUAUCUUCUGAUACAGAUAUUGAAACUGAGAAGGGUAUUAGACUUAUGGCAUGCUUUGACCAUGAAGAGAUUGGAUCUUCUUCUGCUCAAGGUGCUGAUUCAAACUUCCUUCCAAAUAUCUUGGAAAGAUUAACAUCUUUAAAAGGUGAUGAUUCUGAUAUUUCUAAUCCUUUGGCUAAAUCUUUCAUCUUAGAGACCUCAGCUAAAUCUUUCUUCUUGUCAUCUGAUGUAGCACAUGCAAUUCAUCCCAAUUAUGUUACAAAAUAUGAAUCUAAACAUAAACCUUUGAUUGGUAAGGGUCCAGUAAUUAAAAUUAAUGCCAAUCAGCGCUAUAUGACCAACUCUCCCGGUAUUGUGCUAUUAAAACAAUUAGCUGAUAAGUGUAAGGUCCCAUUACAAUUGUUUGUUGUUGCUAAUGACUCUUCUUGUGGGUCUACUAUUGGUCCAAUUGUCGCCUCCAAGACAGGUAUCAGAACUAUUGACAUUGGUAAUCCAAUUUUAAGUAUGCAUUCAAUUAGAGAAACUGGUGGUUCAACAGAUAUUGAAUAUCAAAUUAAAAUAUUUGAAGAGUUUUUCCAAUCUUACUCGUCUUUAGAAGAUAAGAUUAUAGUUUGA